UUCAAGAAUUUGUUGAUGAUUACUUCUUUAUCAUCUCCAAUUAGGGAGAUUUCAAUUUCUUCUUCGUUUUGCUUUGCAUCUUGCAAAGAAGGUUGGUAUUAUCGUUCCAUUGGUCUUGAUCCUUGAGCCAUCCAUUACGUGAACAUAAUUUGGCCUACGUACCAAGAGAAACUCUGUUUUCGUGGCUCGUAGGCCAUUUUCGUAUUGAUAGAUCCAAACUAUUAUUAUUUUUGUUUAUUUGUAACGAAUUUGAGGUUAAUCAACAAGAUGUUGCUUUAUAAGACGAAGAAGAUUCAAUCCGGGAAAGGAAAUCGGUUGUUGAUUAGUAUAACUGUUGUUGGGAGUGCUGGACCGAUUCGUUUUGUUGUUAAUGAAAAGGAGCUUGUGGCUAAUGUUAUUGAUAUCGCGUUGAAAAAUUAUGCUCGUGAGGAGAGGCUCCCUGUUCUUGGAUCAAAUUUUAAUAAUUUCGUGCUGUAUUGCCCAACCGUGGUAACAGAAGAUUUGAGUCCAUGGGAGACGAUUGGAUCACUUGGUGUUCGUAACUUUGUGCUGGUCAAGAAGCCACAGUCUGAGAAUCCAAUUCUUGAUGCGAAACAACCAAUUCUUGAUGGGAAACAAGUAGUUAUGGCUCGGAAGGGAUCUGGAAGUUGGAAGGCAUGGUUCAAUAAAUCACUCAGUCGCAAGAUAGUUUCUUACUGAAUUCACAGAGUCGACAUGAAGUAAUCUAUAAUUCUUGUUGGUUUUUUUUUUUUUGAUUCUAUUCUUUUUUCAUGUCUCUAUGUUUGAUCUUGUUGGUGUUUUCGUAAUGAGAAAUUAAACGUUUUAUCAGUUCUUUAGAUUUGUAGUCUGUUGAAAUUAGUCGUUCGAAUAAAGCAAAUCUUGGUAGAGAGUCCCCUGAGUCACUGUCAAGUCUACUUGUUAUAUUCAGGUUAAAAUAGAUAUUGGUUGAUUAUGCAAUGACUGAUUGUUACUAACAGUCUACUUCUUUU